AUGGCGUUUGGAGAGUGGCUCGCAACCACCCGCAAUGGCCCAGCGGGAUUUAAGGAUAAAUUGCCGAUUUGGCAAUCUACGAUUGGCUCCCGGCGCGCCCCUGGGGACGGGUUCAGCCUUUUGGGGUUACUUUUGUCCUGGUCGCGUUUUGCACUCCGUGUCGUAUUAAGUCCCAAAGUUGAACAUUGUCAGCAAGCAGAGCGGAACAAGGCUGGCUGGUUGGCUGUAAUGCGUGAUGUGACCGGCGAGAAACAAGCUCCGAGCGGCCACCCGCUUCCAUUUAUUAGUCUAGCUGCGAAUCCUUUCGAUUUUCGAGGGAAUUGGCAACGCCUAGAAAAGGCUCCAAUGGUAUCCCCGAUUCUGCAAUGGAUUUUAUGCUGCGUGUCAUCACUUAUCUAUCAGCCUGCCUGCGAUCAUGAUAGCUGGAACCGGCCCAGCUGA